AUGUCACUUUUCACCCUAUAUGCUGCGGUGAGCGCAGCCACCUUCGCUCUAACGCAAGCUGUAGAGCCAAAUACUGCAAGAUCAUAUGCUUAUGCCCCUUAUGGAGUAACAUCUUACUAUGACUCCAUACCAGAGCAAUGGGGUCCCACUGAUUUUGAUGCCAAUGCCUUUCUGGAGAAGUUAUUCCAGGAAUACAUGACCGUGAAUGACCAAUCAGUGAUAGGAUAUUCAAAUUACCCGUCGACCACAACACCCCCGCCCUCAAUUGGAAAUCCUGAGCACCCGAACAAGCCUGGAAACCCAGGACACCCUGGAAACCCAGACAAGCCUGGAAACCCAGGACACCCUGGAAACCCAGACAAGCCUGAAAACCCAGGACACCCUGGAAACCCAGACAAGCCUGAAAAUCCGGAAAAGCCUGAAAAGCCAGACAAGCCUGAAAAGCCAGACAAGCCUGAAAAGCCAGACAAGCCUGAAAAACCAGACAAGCCUGAAAAGCCAGACAAGCCUGAAAACCCAGACAAGCCUGAAAACCCAGACAAGCCUGAAAACCCAGACAAGCCUGAAAAACCAGACAAGCCUGAAAACCCAGACAAGCCUGAAAAACCAGACAAGCCUGAAAAGCCAGACAAGCCUGAAAACCCAGACAAGCCUGAAAACCCAGACAAGCCUGAAAACCCAGACAAGCCUGAAAAACCAGACAAGCCACACAAC